AUGUGCUAUGUUAUUAUAACGGGACGCAGUCUGGCGUGGUUGUUGUUGAGUUUGGUUGCUUUUAUGUUAUUAUUGACCGGCAUUAUGACGCCGAAAUGGCUAAUUGGACAACCUGUAGUCACGAAUGAUAAUAAUGUUACUGGAUUUUUUGUGCCUACCGUUGGGAUUUACAACCGGUGCAUCCGCAUGGUCCAUGAUCACAACAACUGCGCUUCUUUCUCUUUUUAUGGACUUGCAACAGAUUCAAAUGUUUACCCUACUCCAUGGAAAGCUGCAAUGUUUUUUUUAUCAUUAUGUGCAGCAAUACAAUUUGCUACGGUUCUAACUGGAGUGAUGGCUUGUUGUGUGCAGUCUGUGUUUAAGAAAAGUGUAAUAUCACUUGCAGGAGCUACUCAGGCUCUAGGAGGUUUGUUCGGCGUGUUCGGUCUUUUACUAUAUCCUUGGGGAUGGGGAGCACAACGUGUGAAGAGACUUUGCGGUGAAAAUUCAGAACCUUACAUACCUGGCGACUGUUCCAUAGGCUGGGCAUUCUUCGUGACCGCGACGGGUGUUGCACAGGUUUUUCUGGCGAGCGCCCUCUCCAAACCGGCAGACAAGGCUGCGAACUCUGACAAGGUUCAGUUUCAAAUGGACGAAGGGAAGCAGCUCAUUUGUCUACCUUAA